AGAGGGACAGACCCAGAAGAUGCUGCUUCUCCUGCUCAGCUGUCUCCUGCCUGCCAUCAAUGGAGAGAGCUGCCUUGUCUGCUGGCCAGAACUGUCUGCAUUGAUAGACUAUGAUCUGCAGAUUCUUUGGGGCACCCCAGGGCCACCCACAGAACUCUCCCAAAGCCUCCACACCCUAUUCCUGAAGGAUCGUGUCUUUGUCAAACCCUGGUAUCUUGAUCAGGACCAUAUGGAAGAAGCAGCAGCCGAAUUAUUCUAUCACGUAGAUGAAGCCAUCAAGAAGUUCCGAGAUAAUAAACCAUCACUUUUGGAAGAGAUUCAUAUCCAGAAGAAGGUGUUUACUGAGAAGUUGGAUGAGAUAUCUGAGGAGCUGAAGGAGAAGGCCUGCAACAAGUCCUGUGACCUACAUUCCACACUGGAGGUCAUGAACUGUGCCAACUGCAAGACACACUUCCUCACCUGCAAAGACCCAGCUCUUUGCCCAGCCAGUACUGGGAAUGCCUUUGUGUGGGUUGUGAGCCUUGGCAUUAUUCUGUUCCUGGCAUCCAUAGCUGGAAGUGGAUGGUACAUUUUCUGGCGUGAGAAGAGGAAGAAGGAAGCUGAAAAGACCCUGGGCCACUGUGCUCCCCGACUUGGACAGAUGAUCAACAUAGCCCUCCCACCCUCCGUUCCUGGUUGGGUUUGGCAAGCAGGAGUUCAGAGGGACCGAGGCAAAGGCAUGUGAGAGGUCAGGACUUUUCUCUCUCAGCAGGAACCCAGCAGUUCACUGGUCUUCUGCAGCUGAGCAGAGAUAGUGCAGUUGCUGUCAGGAAGCUCUCUAAUCACUGAGUUCCAAUAACUGUCCUUCCCUGACCUGCUCAGACCUGGGGUGGUCGCAAUUCUGUCACCCAAUGGACCACCCUCUGUCUUGUGGUUUCCCUAUGUCCAUACCUUAUAAAUAACUUUUAU